UCUUCAAUCAGCCCGUUCGCUAUCAUCGAGCUGCUACUCUUCGCGCAAAUCUCACAGCCAUGCGAUCCACACGGCAAUUGCUUGCUGCAGUCCAGCGAAGCUCUCAAUUUUUGGAGGCCGGAGCUCCGACUGGAUUGACUGGCCUGCUGACCCACCCAAGUCCCAGAGGAACCCUUCUCUACCUUUACAAUUCGACUUUGGAGACUCUCAAGAAAUUCCCGGAGCACUCAGUAUACCGCAGGUCGACAGAGGCUUUGAUCAACCAGCGACUGGCUAUUGUGGAGGCGACAAAGCCUGCCGGACUCGAAGCAUGGCAAAAACGGGUCGAGUCCGUGUUGGAGAAGCACCCUGAAGCGUUCCGUAAGAUUCCAGUGAAGAACUCGACAGAAUUCAACAUCGUCUGGAAGGUGUCGGCAGCACGAGCAGGCCUCCCUGGCGGAGAAGAGGUGGACGAUUUCAGGGGCGCUCCCUCCCUUCUCGAUGGACAGCGUACAGCUUCGGAAAAGGCCAACCAAGGUCGUCUUCUAGAAAGGGACGAGGUUGCGGAGCGCCAGAACCUGCCACAGAUCGAGGACGAGCCUGCGCUCACCGCAGCACAGAUCAAUGACAUCGAGGCUAAGAUCGGCGCUGGCUUGAUUGAAGAGGUCAUUCAAGUUGCCGAGGGCGAGAAGCAGUUAGCCGACACUUUACUUGAGAAUCAGGUAUGGGACGAGUUGGUGGAAAAGCCUGACGGCAACCAAUGGCGGUACCACGCACGGGAUACACACACUGGCAAAACCCAGGCUCCUUGAGCUGUCGCAAUUCAAGCCCGCGAUGAUGAUGCGAUACCGAGGUGACUGCUAACUUGUGCAUUAUGUAAAUAUAUCCUCACUGUGCGAGAGAUAGUUGCGUUCAAACACUCAAUUUAUUUGCGGUUGUAUGGCCUCCUAGGAGUAUGUAUCGGAAAGGGGAGAGCACAGAUUCGCGCUCUGCCUCCCACUCUCCGCACGAACCAUUGGCGCGGAGGAAGCAGGAAACUCGAUGACGGACCGGCAGCCUGGCUCUUGAGACGUUCUUUCGACGGAAAUCGAGUAGUUGUACCCAGAAUGGACACAACAAUCGCCGUUGCGAACACUCACGCUCGUGGCAAUCGCAGAUUAUGACACACGUGCAUUACGCGGCGUGUGGAAGUAAAAUUCAAUACAUCAUAUGCGCAUCUGUAGGGAGCGAAGUGGGAUUGUCAUCAGUGAGAUUCGAUCACAUAACACGCGUGUAUAAAAGUACCGAGU